ACAUCGAAGAUGGCGGACGAGCAAGAGCCACCAGCGGCUCCGCUGGACGACCGCGAGUAUCCUGUGGUGCUGGGCGCGUCGCUGCUCGACGCCGACGCAGACGAAGAGCAGCAGCAGCAGCCGCGCGAGGUGUUUACGUCCUUCGGCUAUGAGUUCCAGCCCGCGUCGGUGGACAAGAGCACGCCAGGACUCGUGAGCGUGGACGGCUCCAACGGCGCUCACGUGCUCAUGGGCUCGUCCACAGGCGCACCGGGCGGCGUGAGCUUCAAGGGCAAGCUGGUGGAGCACAAGGACACUGACUGCUUGCUCAUCUUUGACGGCUCAGUCUUCCGGCUCGAGCGCUGCCCGUUCUCCUGCAUGCAGCUGCGUCACGUGCGUGCUCCGCCUCCGCGGCGGCGUGUGAUGAUCCCGCAGACAACUGAGCAAGCAAGCGGCACUGGUGCUGCAGAUACGAACGAGGUGGGUACACCCGCUGCAGCGACGGCAGCAGCAGUAUCUAGGACAGGGAAGAGGAUGGUGGGCAAAGCGAAGACGCCAGCCAAGCGAUCGGCGGCCAGACCAAAGGGCCCCACGGCCGUAAAGCGACCUAGAGGCAGACCGAAAGGAACGACAAAGGCAGUAAUGGAGGCGAGGAGAGCUCGUCUGGGGGAAAAUGCAAAGACCGGAGCGUGAGUUGUGG